CGAGGACUUCGCGAUGCUCGGUGGGAUUUGGAGUAUUUCUGUCCUCGCUGCACGGCUUCGUCCUUUCCGCAUGCUGCUGACAGCUCUGCCAGACUCAGGAAUGGGUCUGUUGGCCUCUGCCCUCAGAAAACAUAGCCGCUAUCGCCUCAGAACAGGCUUAAGACAACGCCGAAUGAGGGGUAAAGGGAAAUGCCGACCAAUUGCGCCGCGGCGGGCUGUGCUGCCACCUACAACAAGCACAUUAACAUCAGCUUCCACAGGUUCCCUUUGGAUCCUAAAAGAAGAAAAGAAUGGGUUCGCCUGGUUAGGCGCAAAAAUUUUGUGCCAGGAAAACAUACUUUUCUUUGUUCAAAACACUUUGAAGCCUCCUGUUUUGACCUAACGGGACAAACUCGACGACUUAAAAUGGAUGCUGUUCCAACCAUUUUUGAUUUUUGUACCCAUAUAAAGUCUAUGAAACUCAAGUCAAGGAAUCUUUUGGAAAAAAACAACAGUUGUACUCCAGCAGGACCAUCUAAAUCAAACACGAGUAGUCAACAAGUACUUCUUGAACACAGUUAUGCCUUUAGGAACCCUAUGGAGGCAAAAAAGAGGAUAAUUAAACUGGAAAAAGAAAUAGCAAGCCUAAAAAGAAAAAUGAAAACUUGCCUACAGAAAGAACGCAGAGCAACUCGAAGAUGGAUCAAAGCCACAUGCUUGGUGAAGAAUUUAGAAGCAAAUAACAUAAUACCUAAGGGUACAUCAGAACACAUUUUACCAACUGCCUUAAGCAAUCUUCCUUUAGAAAAUUUCAAGAUUCUUGAACAAGAUUAACAAGAUAAAACAUUACCAAUUCUCUAAAUCUAAAACAGACCAAGAGUACCUUUCUUUAAGAUUAGCUUGCACAGAACUUCAUACCCGCCCUUCAUUCCAUUCAGAGGUAAAUAUAUUGAAGGCAAUUAUGCCAAAAUUGGGUAUUUAAUAAAGUUUUACUUGAAGUAACAUUAUUACUGUGUAACUUAUGAAGACUUGAUUGCAAAAAACAAUGGACAACUUUUUACAAAACUAUUUAAAAUGAAUGGAAGUGCCUUAUGUGAGAAUUACUUAUUUAAAAAUGUUGUUAGGAAAUUGUGUGUUUGCCAGGUGUUUUGUGUUUUGGUCUUUUUAAACUACUUUUAAAAAAACAGUCUGAUAAGUAACAUGUUUAAUUUAUAUUAGGAGGAAAUUUUUUCCUGUACCAAAGUUGGGAUAUCACAUUCUAAAUAAGAUGUUAAGUAGGAUUUAACCAACAUUAACUAUGACCUUAGGAAACUGCUCGGUUUUGUAUUAAUUAAUUAUUGGCACUGUGAUUUGGAGAAUUUAUAGAAUAAACCUGAGGACAGGGCAAUCUUUUUAUUUAAACUUCUUGUGUCUUUUUAUGAGUAAAAGUGAGCUGAUCAUGACCUUCCUCAUAAGAAUAUAAGAUUUUGAGUUAGACUGUAAAAUAUUUUGGAAAUAAGAUUUUUGAAUGUGAAGUACCUUCACAUCAUCCAAACUAGGUAAGGCCUCAAGUACCUCAGAUAGUAAAAACUGAUAGCUGAUUAUAUUCACCUUACAUAUUGUGGAAUAAUGCAAAUUUCAGGAUCUAGCUUUUACUUUAAUUAAUAGGCAAAUGUAUACUGCUCUUUUUUCUCAUAGUAAAAGUAUUACAUUUCCAAUUUCAAAGCUGGUACAUUAAUAAUCAAACAUGUUAUAAAGUUCCAGGUUAGGCAUGCCCCGUCAGUCCCCAUGUGUGUUGAUAACAAAACUCUUAAGAUUUUUUUUCCCCGAAUACUUUCUAAAACAUUCUAUACCUCAGAAAUAGCAUAUCAAUAUAGUAGGCUUUUUUUUCUUUCAUAAACCCACAGUAGAAUUUAAUCACAGAAAAGUAACUUUCCACAUUAUGACUUCACAAUUUAUAACUUAAUGGAAUCAGCUUAUCUUAUGCAUCAGCUUGCUUUUUAUAUCCAUUUUUAGUAAGAGUUAAAUAGAGGAACACCAUAGUACAUAAGGGAAGUGAAAUGUAGUUCUCUGUAAAAAUACAUGUGUCUAUGAUAAAGCUAUGCAAAUGCUAACGUUAUUUUACAAAAUAGAAAUAUCAGACCUAUUCUUAAUAGUUGCCACUCGAACACUUAAAGGGUUUGCCUUAUUUUCACCAAAUGUUUAAUUAGAACUCUUUCCUUCAAACAGCUUUGAUCAAACGAUGUUAAAUUUUACUACUACAUAAUGAAGUUAUUUAAUCCUAAUUCAAGUUUCUGACACUACCAUAUGAAGGUAACAUAUACCCAAUCAUAAAUUGCUAUAAAUCUUUCCUGUAAGGUAAUGUCUAUGUUAAAAAAACAAAAACAAAAACCUUUUGCCAACUGUUUGCUUUUUUCUUACCUUUUUUUAAAACUGUGCGUUAGAUGAAAGUUUACAGAGCAAAUUAGUUUCCCAUUCAAUAGUUUGUACAUAAAGUGUUUCAUAACAUUGGUUUCAUUCCCCACAAUGUGUCAGCACUCUCCCCAUUUCUGUCCUAGCUUCCGCACUUCCUUUUGUCCUGAUUUUCUAUCCCUUCCUGCCUUCUCAUCUUUGCUUUUGGGCAAAUGUUGCCCUUUGAUCUCCUAUAAUUGAUUGUUACAAGGAGCACAUUCCUCUUGGGUGUCGUUUAUUUUAUGGGCCUGUCUAUGGAUUGGCUGAAAGGUGAUCUCCGGAAAUAGCUUUAUUUCCAGUUCAGAAGGUGUCUUAAGGCCAUAGUCGGGGGUUCCUCCAGCCUCUGUCAGACCAGCAAGUCUGGACUUGUUUGUAAAUUUGAUUUUUUGUUCUACAGUUUUUCUCCUGCUCUGUUCAGGACCCUCUGUUGUGAUCCCAGUCAGAGCAGUCAGUAAUGGUAACUAGGCACUGUCUAUUCUUCUGGAAUCAGGAUCAUGUAGGCUCUAGUUCAUAUGGUCGAUUAGUCCUUUGGACUAAUUACUCCCUUGAGUCUUUGGUUUCCUUCACUCUUCUUUGCUUCAGACAGUAAGAGACCAAUAGAUGUAUCUUAGAUGGCUACUUGCAGGCUUUUCAGAUCCCAGAUGCUACUCAUCAAAGUAGGAUGCAAAACUUUAUGAACUAUGCUGUGCCAUUGAUAUAGAUGACCCCUGAGUCUAUGGUUCUUCGCCUUCACGCCUAGGAACUUGAUUCUGUGAGGUGUUUGGUUAUGUCUAAGAAAUCUCCCUGACUGUAGUCCUUGUGUACCUACAGUUAUGCAUAUAGAAAUAUCCACCACUUAUUCUCCUUUUUUAAAAUGACAUUUUGCUUGGAUCCUGGCAACAAUCUUUUUAUAGUAUUAGUACCCUUUAUUUUAAUAAGGAGUGCCUCCCAAGCAACUAGAUUUCACAAAUGCAAAGGUAGGAAAAGUUUGUUUUAGUUCUCAUCAGGCAUUUACGAUGACUAUUUAUGUAAAACCUUUUGUUUAUGUGGUAAACCUGGUUAGUCUUUUUAUCUUAAGAAUUGGAUGCAGCUCCUUGGAAUAGUCAUUACAUGUCCUGUUAUAACAUGUAUUCAAAUAAUCUUUUCACAAGUAUGUAAUCAUCAGCAAGCACUUACCGUAUCUACUUUAUACCUCAAAAUAAGUUGGGCAAAUAAUCAUUUGAAUAUAAACUAUGUUUUUCAAAUAUAGACUCUCCUGUGGUUCACCCCCUCAAGUAGAAAACAAGAGACAAUUAAUGCAGGAUAUUAUCUAUAAUAAUAUCUUGAUACCUUAAUAUAAUAGUUAAAAAUUAAGAUUAUAAAGUUUUUGGCAAAGUUACCUAGUCUUCAUUCAUUAUUACUUGGCACCAUUGACUAAACUACCACACAGUAAUUUUAAAGUAGAUUUUCCUUUGUUUUCUCUGUCUUAUUUUCAUGUUACUGUACCGACAACAUGUUCCAUAUCCUCCCUGCGUCAAGUGGUUUUAUUAACAUGUCUAACUUAAAAACUAGUUUAAUUUGUAGAGAAAACCUGAAAGGAAUCUUUUAAAAUCCUGUUUUCAGUUUGUUGAUAGAUUUCUUAUAACUUUGAUCCUAUACCAUAAAACUAAUGAAAAUUGUAAUAGCUCUUUGUCCUCUGCUGAACAACACAGAUCCUCUAUUCAUUCAAUCUAUGUCUAUUAUACACUAGACACUGGAGAAACCAACCUCUUCAAAGAGCCAGCCAAAGGCUAGGAACUUGAUAUAAAGAUGGAUAUGAUGCAUUUUCUGCACUCAAGUUGCUUGGAGUCUCCUGAGAGAAGCAGAAAAAUUAUUUGUUAACAUGGUAAAUGCUAUAGAAGAAAUAUGUGCAGGGUGCUUGGGUAAAUGCUGUUGAAUUGGAAUUUAAUGAGAAUUCAAUUCUAGACUUUUGUAUAGUCCAAUGCUUUUCUUUUGAAACAAAACAUUUCUUCUUGCAAUGACAACCAAAGGAGAUGAAGGACAAUAGGUGUUGAUGUAAACAGCAGUGUUAAUUUUUAAUGAGUUUUAAACAUUUUUACCCUUUAAGAUAAACAUUGAACAAAUUUGCUACUAAUGGUAUUUUUGUUGAGAGGAAAAUCUAACUAUGAAUUAACUACAUCUAAGCCAAGUACUGGAGUUUAUUUGAAAUUUGAUGUUUUGCACAAAAUAACAAACCCUAAUUGAGUUUUAAAAAAUUUUAUUCAUUUAGAGUCUUAAAGUUAACGAAGCAUUUCAACAUCUACUGAUUCUAUGUGGAAGAUGGUAUUCUCUCUGAUUUACAGAUGAAGAAAUCUUUGUUAAUGUAAUUUAUCUAUUCAAUCCGACAUUUUCUAUGUGCCAACUAGCACAUGGGAUAGAAAUGCCAGUAAUCUAGAACAUUCAAGAUGUAACACAGGUCUUGUCUCUAAAUCCCAUUCUCUAUUCUCCACGU